AUGCGACUCCAGUACUUUGCCAUCGCCAUCGCCACCGCCUCUGCGGAAUGCGAGAUCGCUUGCAUCGAAUAUUACCAUCCAGUGUGUGGCUCGAAUAACCAAACGUACGCUAACAGCUGCCUGUUGAAGGUCGACGCGUGCGCCGCCAAACAAAAUAUCACCGUUGCCAGCAUCGGUGAAUGCCCCGUUGAAUUGACGUGCGACACAGUGUGCACGAAAGAGGUAGCCCCGCAAUGCGGCAGCAACAAUGUCACUUACGGCAACCAAUGUUUGCUGGAUGUUGCCACGUGCAAAGACCCCCUUGUCCGAUGGAGCGGCGACGGCGAAUGCAACAGGCCGUGUAUGUUUGCUUGCCUUGAUGUGUACGAUCCAGUGUGUGGGUCCAACAUGAAAACCUACGGAAACGACUGCGAAUUAAACUAUGCAGCCUGCCUUGCCCCUGGUCUGGUCAAAGUCGCAGACGGCGAGUGUUCUACCCACAACACAACCAAGUCCCCCAACGUCACGUCAACUACCCCCCUCAGUACUUGGACGACGACCGUCAUGCCUGGCCCCCUGCCCCCUGUCACGACCGUCACAUCGUCUGCUGCUGGAACACUUUCCCCGUCGGUAUUAGCAACAAUUGUUGCACCCGUCACGUUCCUCAUCGCGAUAUCCACGAUGAAUCUAUAA